AUUGGUUCAUGAUCCUACCAUCUGCACUUCAUUCACAGGGUGGUCUUCCUGCGCCUGUAGUCCGAUUGAUGGAUGCAGCGGCGGUUACGAGGAUCAAAACUGUUAAUAUCCUUGCAUCCUCCAGCAUCGGCAGAAUGAGGAAUGCAACAACCUUAAGCCAACCGGCCUGGCCUUCCACGACAACUGAAACACUUGCUCUUCACCCCGGUAGCAGAUCUUGCUGUCAUAGCUUACUGAGGUACCAAAGAGGUCCGGUCUCCAACUCUAAAAAACGUCUGCUUUUUUUUGUUCAGUGCUCUACAAAGCCAGGCAUUGACAGUGACAAUGCAACCAGCAAGAAUCCUGCCAUUGGACUGGAUUCCAAUUCCACAUCCCAACGACCCGCAACUAGCCAUCCAAAUCAGGUGCUUACUUCUACGUGUUCUAGAGGUUUGGUUUUUGAUUUGGGCUCCAGAAACUCCUGGGAUAGUGCAGAAAUUGGAUCCCCAAUCAUAAAAAGAUACAUUGGCGAUGAUGAAGAGAGGUGGUACAUGUGGUACCAUGGAAGGCCAGAUGGAAACAACACUUGUGAUUCGAUUGGAGUGGCGGUCUCGAGCAACGGAAUUCACUGGGCGAGGGGAGCAGCACAUGCUCGGUCCAGCGCGGAUGUAGGAUUGGUGAUGACUUGCAGCAGGAAUUGGUGGGCUUUUGAUACAGAGAGCGUAAGGCCUUCCGAGUUGGUAAUCAUGUCCAGUCCAAUGUAUAGCUCUGUUUACUGGCUUUACUACACAGGAUUCAGUUCUGAAGAGGUAGACUUUUCGGGACUUGCAAAAAUCCCCUUACAGAACCCGGAAAGGGUUGAUCGUGAAAAUCACGUAAGUGGGAAAAUUUUCAAGUCUCUUCCGGGUUUAGCAUGCAGUCAGGAUGGAAGGCACUGGGCGAGAAUAGAAGGGGACCACCACAGUGGAGCUUUGCUUGAUGUGGGGUCAAGAGGGGAGUGGGAUUCCUUGUUUAUCGCUGCACCGCAGGUUGUCGUGCACAGCAGUGAUGAUCUCAGAAUGUACUACCAUUCGUUUGAUGUGGAAAGGGGUCAGUUUGGAGUUGGAAUUGCAAGAUCCAGGGAUGGGAUUAGAUGGGUGAAGUUGGGGAAGAUCAUGGAAGGAGGAUCAAAUGGUAGCUUUGACGAACUGGGGGUCAUGAACGCAUGUGUUGUGAGAGACCAGAAAGAUGGGAGGUAUUUGAUGGCAUAUGAAGGUGUUGGUGGAGAUAAUGGGAGGAGUAUUGGAUUGGCGGUCUCUCCAGAUGGACUAAAGAAUUGGAAGAGGCUUCAGGAGGAACCGGUUCUGGAGCCUUCAGAGGAGGAUGGGUGGGAUAACAGAGCAGUGGGAUCUCCAUGUCUAGUGCAGAUGGAGGGGAAUGCUGAUGAAUGGAGAUUGUAUUACAGAGGCAUUGGCCAACAGGGAAGGAAGGGAAUCGGGAUGGCAGUGUCGCAAGGAACCGAAAUUACAAGGUUAAGAAGAUGGGCAGGAUUCCAUUUGUAAGAUAGCCAUACAUGGUCACAUUGUAUGUUGAUAUAUUUCAGUAUUUCUUAAUUUUCUUAGGAACCCCGUUGGUCCGAAAUGCCCUAGGGGACAAAAUAUCGGCUGUACUUGGAAUCAAAAUGUCUGUAUGAUUUAUCGUUUCCAUUUAUUAAUGUUUUGGUAAGAAUAAGAACAAAAAAUGCGAAAUAAAUAACUAUA